CGUCUUCUUUCGUCUUCUUUCGAUUCUUCGUCGUCGAACUCCAAUUCCGAGUCGCCUCACGCGAAAAACAUAGGAACGAAGAACAUUUUGUCAGAUUUCUCUUCGAAGGCGGUCAGAGUUCCUCGAUUUUGACUCCGGAGGUGUCGUGUGAGCUGAGGGGGCUAUAUCUGUUCAUCCUGAGCCACUGUUGAAAGUCCACUAGCUAUUGGAAAGCCCAGGGGAUACAUCUCCUGUUGUGAUCUAUUAUGAGCUAACUGAGAGUUUUCUGACCAGAGGCUCAUGAUACUGCUAAAGCAUGGAAUCACACCCACCAUACAGAUACAGUGAGACAGGUGCUGGCUUAUCUUUCACAUCUUCUCAUCCAACUGUUCCAUCUCUUCCCAGCAGGUUAUUUGGGCAUUCGAAGUUUGAAAUUAGGGAAUCUCCUAUCUCACCCUUUUCGACACACUUUGAUAGUGAGACACUCAGCGUGUUAAGCGAUAGUCAGGAGCAGCACAGUUCUACGGACAAUUAUUCAGGAGUUAGCUCUUCUUGUAACUCUUCACUCGAGACCACCAGCUGUUUCCAAAGGUCAAGCCCAUCACAAGACGGGUGCAGAGACAGCUUGCUUUCAUGUUCUGGUAGGCCCAUCUCACUGCAAAAUGAGCUUCAUUCACAGAACGCAGCUUAUACCUUACAAGAGCUAGAGAACGUCUUAAUGGAUGAUAAACAAGAAAUGCGUGUCACAGAUACUUCUAUUGGGGAACUCAUGUGGGACCAAAAUCCCCAUGGUUCACAAUUUAUUCGCCCUGAGGAUGCUGUUGCUUUCAUUCAGAGCCAAACGGGUAAAAGCGUUCAUGCGGAGAAACAUAAAGAAACUGUUGAGGAAUCAUCGGUUCAAGAUGUUCCUCCAGGUGAUUUGAAGCAGCUGCUGAUUGCCUGUGCGAAAUCUCUUUCUGAUAACAACAUGCACGAAUUUGAGAAGUUGAUUGAAAAAGCCAGGAGUGCUGUAUCCAUCAGUGGAGAGCCCUUACAGCGUCUUGGUGCCUACAUGAUAGAAGGACUUGUGGCCAGGAAAGAGGAAUCGGGUUCUAACAUCUACCGUGCCCUUCGAUGCAGAGAGCCUGAAGGCAAAGACUUGCUUUCCUACAUGCACAUUCUGUAUGAGAUCUGCCCAUACUUGAAGUUUGGGUACAUGGCGGCGAAUGGAGCCAUUGCCGAAGCAUGCAAAAACGAGGAUCGGAUACACAUCAUAGACUUCCAAAUUGCUCAGGGCACCCAGUGGAUGACUCUCCUUCAAGCGCUUGCCUUGAGACCUAGCGGUCCCCCUUACGUGCGGAUUACAGGGAUUGAUGACUUGGUCUCCAAGUACGCUCGUGGGGCCGGAUUGGAAGCAGUUGCUGGAAGGUUGGCGGCUAUCUCUGAGGAAUUUAAGAUCCCGGUGGAGUUCAACGGUUUGCCGGUGUUUGCCCCAGAUGUUACUCGUGGCAUGCUUGAUGUCAGGCCUGGGGAAGCUCUCGCAGUGAACUUCCCACUCCAGCUACACCACACGCCAGACGAGAGUGUUGACGUCACCAAUCCAAGGGAUGGGCUCCUGAGGAUGGUGAAAUCGCUUUCUCCGAAAGUGAUCACAUUGAUCGAGCAGGAGUCAAACACGAACACGACGCCGUUUCUGACUAGGUUUGUGGAGACCCUCGACUACUACUUGGCAAUGUUCGAGUCCAUCGACGUGACCCUGCCUAGAGACAGGAAGGAGAGGAUAAACGUAGAGCAGCACUGUUUGGCUAGGGACAUUGUGAACAUCAUUGCGUGCGAGGGGAAGGAGAGGGUGGAGCGGCACGAGCUGUUCGGUAAGUGGAAGUCUAGAUUGACGAUGGCAGGAUUUAGGCAAUACCCUUUAAGUAGCUACGUUAAUUCAGUCAUAAGGAACCUGCUGAGGUACUACUCUGAGAAUUAUACGUUGGUAGAGAAGGAUGGUGGCAUGCUUCUGGGCUGGAAAGACAGGUUCCUGGUUUCUGCUUCUGCAUGGUACUGAAAAUGGGCCGGAGUUUCAAAUAUUCACGGAGAAAAAACUGAAAAACCCCAUCUUAGUAAUAAGAGUUAUUGGAUGUACAUGGCGUUGCAGAUCGUCUUCACCAUGUGAUCCAAUAGCUUGCCCUGUUAUAUUCAUGUUCCAACUGCCUAAUGGUAUUCUAUCUUUCUGUUUGUUCAUUCUUUAUUUUAGCUACCUGUUGUUCUUGCGUGAUCUUUUGUAUCUACUUUUCCUUACAGCAGACAUCCUUGUGUAUAUAAGUUCCAUUAAAUUCCAUUAUUAGGUUUUAUCG